UAUUGGCUGGCUCUACACUGCAAUAUGCAUCACCGGUGCAAUUUUACUUUCUGGAAAUGGCUUCAAAACGAAAUUCAUUCAUCAUAUUCAAUAAAGAGUUGUUUUGCUUCAAAGACAUACCAACGCAAGGAUUACCAGCAUGUGACCAGUAGAUAGAUACCAAACCCAUGUUUAAUAGCAUUGCCAAAAAUGGAAAAUUUUCACAUUUCAAACAAAGAAUGAAUAUCUCACCUACUCAAGAGAUGAGAACGAAUUUUAUUUAGAAUCAGAGAAGAGGGAUAGAAAAACUCAUUCACAAGAGGUAAACUCAUUUAUAUGUUCUUAAUGCAAUUAAGGCUCUUUCUUAAACAUAUUGUGGAAGAAGAAGAAAUUGAUCUGAACAAUGUUAGGAGGAGGAAGAGGAUCUCUGUUAUUGAAGCUUAAGAGUCUAUUUCUACACAAAACAGAAGCAGCAAAACCAAUAGCAAGUCUUCCAGAUGAGUUAUACAUCGAAAUCUUUAUAAGAUUUCCGGCAAAAUCAACAUUUACAUGUAAGUGUGUUUCGAAGACAUGGUUUUCCAUAAUUUCCAAGCCUGAUUUUGCCAAGUUACAUCUUAAUUUCCAAAUCAACAAUAACUCUAGGUUCAUACUUAGUGGUUAUGACAGUAAGAUUCAGGCAUCUCAAAUUUAUAUCAUAACAAAAGAUUCAUUAUUCUCUACGAGUAUAUUUUACGGUGAAGCUGUUGUAAUACAGCAUUACCGAACUACAUUUGCAGAUUCAGUUCGUUUAUUGGGUUCUUGCAAUGGAUGGGUCUGCUUGCAACAUUAUAAUUUUCAGGCUACGGAAUUCCUUUGUCUUUGGAAUCCAACCACUAAAGAGUAUAAAAGGAUACCCGAUUCACCCUAUUUAAGAUCAGUCCAGUGGCCGGCAUAUUUUUGUUAUGAUUACAAGAAUGACGAUUACAAGUUGGUUUAUGCUGGAAAUACUCCUAGUUUUACGGUAUAUGUCUACACGUUAAGAUCGAAUUCAUGGAACACCCUUCAAACUAAACUUUAUUCUUUUGAUAAUUUCAAUGGGGUGCUUGUUAAUGGAGCUCUUCAUUGGAUCACUGAAACACCCAGCAUUAUUGUUUCAUUUGAUAUUAGCGAUGAGAGCUUCAAAGAAAUACAACUGCCAGAAGAAAUAAUAGAGCGCGCUUCACAUAUGAUUUUGAAAGUGUUGGAAGGGUGCCUUUGUGUAGUUCUUGCAGUGUCUAAUAAAGCAUGGGUGGUGCGGGAAUAUGGAGUUCGGGAAUCUUGGACGAAAAUUCAAGACAAGAUUGCGGAUGAUAAGGACCUGAAAUGGUCUUCUCGGAAUGGCGAGUGUCUAAUAUAUAGUGAAGGGACUGAUUUAGUUUUGUACGGCCCAAAGCAUUCAAGUGCUAGACGAAUGAAGCUUGGUAAUUUAGAGAUCAGAGGUGUAGAUAAUUACGUCGAGAGCCUAGUUUCACUCAACACCGGUAUUUAUUUGGGGAGAAAGGAAGUCAUAGGAACACGAAGAAGAGGCAUAUGGGGAAAAACGAGCAUACGCCAUUAGUCCUUGUUAUAUAUGUAUAUGUUGUUAUGGACGACGCGGUGCGCAACUGUUUUAGUUUACAGCCAAAAGUGCCAAAGUAAGAAAGGGUGAUUAAAUGAGGUGAAAAGUAUUUCUCUUACCAUGGGUAAUUCUAUGUUUUUCACUUCUACUUUAUCUUGUGAUGGGGUUGAAAUGUUGUAUAUCCAGUAUAGAGCAAACUUAUUUUCUAUUUAGAGUUUCGGACUCAUGGCUGAUUGGCCAUACAACUGCUUAGGUGAUCAAUGAAUUUGGGAUAUUUGAUGGUAGAAAAAAUGGUGAUCUGUUUAUGAUUUCUUGUGUUGUCAAAUCUUUUGUAGUUUCUAUUAUAUUUUUCUAAUCUUGUGAGUCAUUAGACCGA